CCAUACUGGUCGAUGUAUAUAACUCGGGCGUGGGCUUGCCGGACUCUGAGCAACAUCCCUAUCCCACUACGAUAUAUAGAUUGAUCAACGCCAGGAGGAUCCCACAGAAGAAGAAAGGGAUGGCGGCGGCGGCGGCGGCUAUUGCGGCGAGGCUCGGCGCCUGCGGCCGGGCGCUGCUCCUGCGAACGCCUUUGCCCCGCCUCGCCCAGUACAGGACAUGCACGCCGGAGCAGAUGAGAGCCGCCGCAGCCCGCGCCGCGCAAAUCAACAAGACCAAGGAGCAGCUCUUCGACAUGGUCCAUGGCCAUGUUAGCAGCGCCCACGAUGUCCCCCACAAGACGGACCGGCGCUACCUGCUGCUCAUGCAGCUACUCUCCUCACAGAUCAAGCCUAGACCCAAGGACCCUGUCUGGCGUGUCUGCCGACGUACCGAAAGAUGCAAUACUUUCUUCAAAUUUCUGGGGGUGGGUACUUCUGGCAUUUUGGGCGUAAUUGGCAUCCACGCCUUGCUCACACGAGUAGUCCCGCAACCAAAGAAGUUGGUUGCUGACUGGUGGAAUAACGUUACCAGCUGAAUCGACCAUCUUGCCGCGAUCUCUUCAGCAAUAAUAUCAGGCUGAAUAUGUAUAUUUCAGAAUAAAUAUGUAUAUUUCAGCUUUGAGGUUUAUAGUAGUAAUUAGCUAGUGUUAUGGAAGGACGAUCUAUCUUUCAUCGGUUCCUAGGCCCUAUAUAUUUGGUUCCUACCUGUAACAAGUUGAACGUAUUUGUGAGUAAGAUUUUUUUUUAACUUCCAUGCAUGCAUGGUUACCAGAUCAA